UAAAGAUUGAUAGCUGAUUCUGCCUAAAUUCUCUUAAAAUUGAGGUUUCGUCCUGGAGAGGGCUCAGAGCUUUGGAGGAGUCAUCACAAUGAAGACAUCAAGUCUUGUAUGGUUUCUUCUAAGCCUAGCCUGUGUCUGUAUUGCAACGGAUACAUAUACGCAGAAAGAAUGUUUGACUGAAAAGCACACCUAUAACUCAUGCCAAAAAGUGUUCUGUGAUCCUUGGAAGAGGUGUGUGGAUGGCAAGUGUAUCUGUAAGCCUCCUUACCAAUGUCCUAAGAAUAAAACAAUGGGUGUGUGCACAGAAUCACAGAGGACCUUCCUCACUUACUGUCAGUUAAAGAGUGCUGAAUGUUCUAAUGCUGCCUACAGAUUUGCAUCCAAUUCUCCAUGUAAAGGAAAAUUUGAAAUAUCAGUGAAGAAAAGAAAUGGCAAUAUUGUGAAGAAUAACGGCACUGUGUUAAUAAAAUUACCUGGUGAUACAAAGGAAUUCCCUGUGUGCCCAGCAAAAUGGACAAUCACAGAAGCCAACGUAGCCUGCAAGCAACUUGGAUUUCCCCAAGGUGCAUUGUCAGAACCACUUAAGGCCAGUUUCAAAGAAGAUGUACAAGGACAACAUACUGAAUGUCUUCAUGUAACCUGCAGAGGGACCGAAACCUCCAUGGCUGAAUGUAUAAUGAAGAAAGACACAGUCAGUGAAAACUUGUGGGCGGCAGUCAAUUGUUAUAAAGAGAAAAGGGAUUGUACAGAUGAUGAAUUCACAUGUGUGAAUGAGAAAUGCAUUCCUGCAGAACAUGCUUGUAAUGGGGAUGAUAACUGUGGAGAUCGCAGUGAUGAACUGUGCUGUUCAGACUGUCGAAACAGUUUUCACUGUUCAUCAGAUAUCUGCAUUCCAAAGCAUUAUGUAUGCAACGGUCAGAUGGACUGUCUCAAAGGAGAGGACGAAGCCAAAUGCAAAGUCGAAGGAUCAGAAGGAGAAGGAUCAGAAAAUCGUGAAAAUAAUGAAGGCAAAGAUCACAAUCUUAAAGGGGAGAGAUCAGAAAACAAUAACGAUGAUGUUGAACCUCAAGUUCCACAGGACAAGAAAACAGAUCUUGUUAAUGCAGUAAAUUUUGACAUUGAAGCAGAGAUAAAGCUUAUAAAAGAAAGUAUUAGCAGCGUGUCUUGUGGUAUUCCAGUAAAACAACCUGACAUAAAGAGAUUCAAGAGAAUCAUUGGAGGGACAAAAGCAAAAGAGAAUCAGUUUCCCUGGCAAGUCGCAAUUAAAGAUGGGGCCAAGGUUAACUGUGGUGGAAUUUACAUUGGUGGCUGCUGGGUACUGACAGCUGCCCAUUGUGUCAGGGCAGACCAGCCGCACAAGUAUCGUGUAAUCAUUGAGCUCCUAGACCGUCUGUCUGUAUCUGAGAAUGUGGAUUCUUUCCCAGUGAAAACUGUGAAAGUGCAUGAGAAUUAUAAGUCUGGAACCUAUGAAAAUGAUAUUGCUCUGCUGGAGGUUGUCAACAUUUACAAGGAGCCAGCUUGUAUGCAGGUGGACAAUAAUCUAGUGCCUGCGUGUGUUCCUUGGUCAACUCAUCUGUUCAAGACAGGGGACACUUGCGUAGUUUCAGGAUGGGGCAGAGAAGAAGGUUUUACUAAAGUAUUUCAUCUAAAGUGGGGAAAUAUUAAUCUGAUGAAUAACUGUACUUCAAUCUACAAAGAUCGAUUUUUGAAUGGAAUGGAAUGUGCAGGGACAUAUGAUGGAUCCAUAGAUGCCUGCAAAGGUGACUCAGGAGGUCCCCUAAUUUGCUAUGAUGCUAAUAACGUGGCUUAUGUUUGGGGAGUUGUAAGUUGGGGUGAGAACUGUGGAGUGGCAGGUUUCCCUGGAGUAUACUCAAAGGUUGCAUACUACUUUGAGUGGAUAUCCCGACAUGUUGGACGAGCUCUCAUCUCUAAAUAUAACAUCUGAUUUAUCCAUAUUUUACAAUGUGCAGAUGGCUUAUCAGCAAUUUGGAAAUAUAUUAUGCUUUUUCAACUACUGCUUCAUAAUUUUUACCUUUUUAUGUAGUAAAAUAAAGUUUUCCUAUUUCCUUAGUA